CCUCAUGAUCACGCCUCAUGUGCUGCUGCCUGUGACUUGGGUGAGAUCAGUCUAAGUCGGAGCCUGUCAGUGAGACUGGGAGGUGCAGAGUUGACUUAUCAGCCUGUCUGUGCUACUGCUGGAUGGCUCAUUAGACAGGACAAUAACUCCGCAGACAAAGGGAAGAAGUGGUACUGGAGGAUGGCUUCCCUCAGCCUAGGGCUCAGCCUGUCUAGGAAGAAAAAUGCCUCAAGGAAUGCUGCAGUGGAGAGGAAGAAUCUUAUUACAGUGUGCAGGUUUUCUGUGAAGACGUUAAUUGAUCGGUCCUGCUUUGAGACUAUUGAUGACUCUGCACCAGAAUUUGUAAAUUUUGCCUCAAUUCUUGAACAGAUCCUAUGCCAUCGCCUCAAAGGUCAGAUCACCUGGUUUGGAUAUGAAAGUCCUCGAAGCUUUUGGGAUUAUAUACGAGUUGCUUGCGCUAGGGUGUCACACAAUUGUAUCUGUAGCAUUGAGAACAUGGAAAAUGUCAGCUCUUCAAGAGCCAAGGGCAGGGCCUGGAUCAGAGUGGCACUAAUGGAAAAACGUCUGUCUGAAUAUAUCACAACAGCAUUGAGAGACUAUAAAACAACCAGGAGAUUUUAUGAUGAUGGAGCAAUUGUUUUAGGUGAGGAAGCAAAUAUGCUUGCCGGCAUGCUGCUUGGACUCAAUGCAAUUGAUUUCAGUUUUUGCCUUAAAGGAGAGGGCUUAGAUGGGAAUUUUCCUGCUGUCAUAGACUACACGCCUUAUUUGAAGUUUACACAAAGCUCUGACAGCAUCAGCAGUGAUGAAGAAGAGCUGCGUACACUGGGAAGCAGCGGCAGCGAGAGCAGCACCCCAGAGAAUAUUGGUCCUCCUCUCAUUAUUGACGAAAAUAGCUGGUACAACAAAUGCAAGCGAGUGGAGCAGAAGUAUCGGCUGGCGUUAGAGCAGAAGGGAUAUCUUGAAGAGUUAGUUCGUUUGCGGGAAGUUCAGCUUGCUGAAUCUGUAUCCCAAAAUAAACUACUUCUUCAGAGAAUUGAAGGGAUUCAGCUAAACCACAAAUUGGAAAAAGAACAACUUGAAUACAUUAUUGUAGAACUGCAAGAUCAACUGACUGUUCUAAAGAAUAAUGACUUAAGAUCAAGACAAGAGUUAACCACUCAUCUCACCAAUCAGUGGCCUUCCCCAGGAGCCUUCGAUGUUAAUGCAGUUGCCCUGGAUACAUUGCUCUACCAAAAGCACAAUGAACAGUGGGAUGACAAUACACUUCACAGCUUGGGCCAGUUAUCUGCAGAUGCCAGUAUGUCUCAGAUUUCAUUUGAUCCAGGACAUUCCCAGGAUGGCAAUGGAAAGCUCGAUGGAUCACACUUACGUGAAAGUGGAGGGAAAGAAGAUACCCCGUCAUUGCUUGGUCUGUGUGGCUCUCUAACAUCGGUUGCAAGCUACAAGUCUCUCACAAGCCUCAAGUCCAGUGAAUAUUUGGCAAGCCCCACAACAGAAGUUACAACUCCAGGAUUAACCCCAUCAUGAAGAAAUCAAUAUAAAAAAAACCGGACAGGCUUUUUGUGUUGUGUGCAUUCAAACUACAUUCCAUCUCAUCAUGGAUAUGAAGAAGAUGCCUUGUAAUGACAGAGAUUUUAUAUAAUUUUUGUUUUGCUACUCCGAAAUUAUUUUCUUUUUUAUUAUGUUUCAAACUACCUGCAGAACUGGAAAUGUAAUAGUGCAGAAUGUAUAAAGAAAAGAAUGGUUAUUUUUUUUUAUGCUGUAUUUUUUUGUGUGUGUGAUGUCUACAUGAAAAUAUUUCACCUCUCAACAUUAUAGAGUUAAAAAAACAUUACUGGAAUGGUAUCGCUCAUGAAUUCAUUUUACAGUUCCAAGUAAUUUAAUUAUUGUAUUAUCAAUAUAUUUUUUUACAUUGUUAGAAAAAAAACUGUUUUGUUAAAAACUACAUUUUUGCAUAUGUAGUGGAAAAAAAUAUAUGUUGCUCAUGAAUGAUCACAAUUUUAACACCAUCACACUUAGUGGGUCUGUUUAUGAGGGUUUAUACAAUUUUUUUUAUCCUGUUCUACAUUUUAGUCAUUUCUGUUGAUGUACGAAUACAUUAUAGGUAGAAAAAUCAGAGACAGAUAAAACAAAUGUAUUUUAACAGCAAAGAUCUUUUGACAAACCCAAAGAAAAGUGAAGAAUGUUAACUAAAAUAUAUACAGAACUACACAAGAAUUGGCUGGAUAGUUGGAAAUAAAAAUGGUCAAAUAUUCAGCCUAAUGGCAAAAUGUAUUCUGUGAUUGGACAGGAUUCACGUUGUGAACCUGUUUGUAUUCCAUCUCCGAUUGUCAGGUGCAUAUGUUCCCUAUAUUUACCAUUGUAAGAGUGAAUGUCCCCUACCCUUGUGCAACCAGUUGCGUGAGAGUAGUGCUCGUCAUUCACCUCGGUCAAAUUAAUCCGGGGGGAUUUUCACUCCCCAAAUCCAAGUUGGCGAGAGGGUUUAUGAAGCAGCAGUCUAAACCGCUGCUUCAUAAAUAUCAGUUGCAGGCUCAGAUAAACCAGCCUGCAACUGAUCGAAGUAUUCACCUCAUGAUAAAUCUUGCCCUAAUAAGGGUUUUGUUGCAUAUUGGAGAAAACAUAAUAUUUACUCAUCCUGUACUGUUCUUUGCAGUUAGUUAUCAAAGUACUAACUGCUGGAUAGGUUAUGCUUUUACACAUCAUUAAUUACACAGAUAUGUCUCAUCUGACAGAUAUGAAACAAGCAGUAAAUAUAUAUAGUGGAGAGGCCAAAAAGCAAAUUCUGUAACCUGCAAAUCGAAAAAUCUUGUUUAGUCAGUUUGCAGCACUUUGAAAUCCAAGGUUACAGAUUUUGCUUUUUGGCCUCUCUAGGGAGUGUGAGAUUAAGCACAGUUUUUAUACAAAACCAAUUGUGGCGUUUUUUUUUUUUUUUUUUUAAAGCAAACGUGUUUUUACUAAAUAGCUGACCACAUCUUCCAUUCUACAGGCACCAAUCAUUUUAAUCUGAUACAUAAUCAAGCUUGGCCUUGCAAAUUUAGCCAUCUAAACCAGACAUUAAGUCCAAUAGACCACUGCAAAUGAGUGUGGUUAUGUUUAAUAAUUAAAUAUCUUCCCCCUUUAAGCCACUUGCUGACAAAAGAUGAUGACUUUAGUGUCUAGGAUGUAAUAUACAUUUUGGUUCUAUGAGAAUAUAUAUAUAUAUUUUAUUUUUUUUUAACAACUUUUAAACUAUAGAUUUCACAAGCUGUGCCGAAUUGAAAAUGCAAACAAUGGCAACAAUUGUAUAUGGUAACACAUCAUUUGCCCAAUAGCAUCCUAUGUUGUGUAUUAUAUUUUGCUUGAUUUGUAUAAUGGUAUGUUUGUUUUGUUCUGUAUUUUUUUUAUAUCAUGGUAGAAUCUUUGCACUUAUUUUCCUUAUUAUGUAACAGCCAUGCACGACAGCUAUGCAGUGUUUCUGGAAGCAAAAGAGUGGAAAAAAAACAACAGAUUUGCGCAUCUAAACCAGCUGUGCACAACAGGUGCCAAAAGCCAUAUGUAUACCCCAAUGUCUCUGUCAGAGGCCUGUUUAGUGUCAUGGAAUUCUCUAGAAUACAUUCUAUUUGUUCUUUAAAAAAAAAAAAAAAAAAACACAUUCCAUUGUCUUCCCUACAACUUCUCAUACAUUUUUUUCUGUUUCAUCUCCUAACAAUGAAUAUGAUCUCAGAGUUAAUAUUAUUGCAAAGUGUUGCCUUUUACAGAUGCAUUAUACAAAUAGGGCAGUGCACCCUACUUACAUUUAAAAAACAAACAAACAGAUUUUUGACUUGUACACAGUUCAAGGAUUGUAUGGAAAAAUAUUUUAUAUUUUUUAAUUAUCUAAUUUACAAAAAUCAUUUAAUGAAUGUUCAUUUUGAAAUUGCAGUUUAUUUACUUAUGGAUUAUAAAUGUUGCCUUAUGCAGCAGUACUGUACAUAUGCGCCUCCAAUUUGUAGAUGCCCAUUGAUUAUACUGGAGCACAUCACCAUCCAUGAUGCUUUGCAUAACAUUUUUUUUUUUGUCACAGCCUUCUGUUUUAUAUUUAAUUACUUGUAUAAUGUUGUGUGUGUUUUGUUUGUUUUUUUCCUUCAAAAUCCAAAGAUGUUCUACAACAUGAAUUGUAAAUAUUGUUUUUUAAAAACUUGGUAUAGCAUAUAGGGAGCUCAAAAUAAGGGUUCUGUAAUAGGGUAAGUUUAUGUAAAAUGUUCAAAAAGCUGAAGGAUCUAUUAUUUAAAAUGCCAGUCUGUUUUUAUGUCAAUUGUGAAAUAAGUUUAACUACAAAGCAGGAAAUGGGAGACGUUUUAUAUGGCGUAAAACAAAAAUGAUCUCAGUUAUCACAACAUACUUACUGCCACAUGUUUUAUAAUUUACACAUAGUGUUCUUCCUUAUUUAACUUACUUUGUCCUCUGCAUAAGAUAGAUUUGCAGAUACAGAAAGUGUAUUUUGUUCAUUAAAGAUCAAGAAUGUUUACAAGAAUUACUGUAUGUAUGUAUAUAUAUAAAAAAACACCUUUCCUGAAUUCUCACUAAGAUGUUUUUGCUUACAUUUAUUAGUAUCAUCAGCUUGUAGUUUACAAUGUUUGUUUAACUUAUGCCAGGCAAAUAAAUGUAUUCUGAUUUCUAAA